AUGGGCACAAAACGUAUUCGUAAGAAUCGGUCGCAAACUGUCGAUACUUUGCCACCUCAAGUGGCAUGGCUUGAUGAUAUUUCGAUGGCGGUAACACCUCUUGUCUCCUGGCCGCAACCACUUUAUCGGCAUGUCAACUAUAUGCUGACCGUGACGUGCCAUAGUCGCAAUAAAGCCAAGCUUUCAACUUGGCAGUUGGUUCGGAGUUUCGACGAAUUCCGGUUACUACGCAAGCGGUUGAUGGCGGCCUUAGAUCGUGGCCAUUUCUGCCAGGCGGAGUGUCCGUGGCUCUACACUUUUCUUAAGAGCUACUAUCCCACGUCUCAGCUAAUCGGAAGCUCCCUGACGCGAGUGAUGGAUAGACGACGGAAGAAGUUGACACGCAGCUUGGCAACAAUUCGAAGCUUUUUAAUGAGCAAAUCCAACCAUGUCUGCCCUCUGGUACUAAUGGGUGUGGCAUCAGAGCUGCUAAAGUUUGUCGUUGGUAAACAAAAGGAAUUCGAACAAGAUUGUCACGGCGAAGCUCUCGUUUGGCUUCGGCAAUUGCUACAAAGGUGGCACGAAGGAGAUCUUGAUGUGAAACAUUUGUCAAACCACAGCAAUAUGCUAAGUAAUAAGUCGAUUAUAGAGAAGGAUUCUAGUGCGCUGUGCACCAAUACGAUGGCAAAACAUCUUCAAACCCAGGGAUAG